AUGGCGAGCGAGGAACAAGCCCCCUCUGAGCGCAAACCUCGCAAAUCAGUCGCCUUUACCGACGAACAGCUCGUAGUUGACGCCGACGGAUCCGUCACCAUGGUCACCGCCGCCGCCGACGAGGCCCUCAAGGACCCCUCGGCUCAGUCCCAUGCCUCUCGUACGCCGCCUCUCUCCGCCGCCCUGGCCACCUUUCAUCAUGCUGACGAUGCCGCUGAAGCUCCCCCUCCUGCAAGCACCACCGAUGACGCCCCCGCCCCCGCCGACGAUGCCGGUCUCGACCUGUCCCUGCUGAAGAAGAAGAAAAAGAAGGCUUCGAGCAGCAAGCCCAAGGACGAAGAUGGCGAGGCUGAGGGUGACGAUGGCGGCCUGGACCUGUCGAUGAAGAAGAAGAAGAAGAAGAAGGCCAAGGACGCUACCGGCGCCGGCGCCGAGGACGACGACUUUGCCGCCAAGCUCAAGCAACUCGAGGUCAAGGAGGACGAGGGCGGUGCUGCUGCUGCUGCCGCUGGCGGCGAGGAAGGCGGUGACGCUGCCGCUGCUGCCGCCGCCGCCGCCGCCGCGGAAUCGGGCGACAUGGAGGCCGGCACGGGCAUCUGGGCGCACGACGAGACGCGAGGCAUCAACUACCCGCUGCUGCUGAGCCGCUUCUUCACGCUCCUGCAGCAAAAGAACCCGGAUCACGCCCUCUCUGGGACCAAGACGUACAAGAUUCCGCCCCCGCAGUGCAUGCGCGAAGGUAACCGCAAGACGGUGUUUGCCAAUAUUGCCGAAAUUUGCCGCCGCAUGAAGCGCUCCGAGGAGCAUCUCACGUCGUACCUCUUUGCGGAACUGGGCACCAUUGGUUCCGUGGACGGCAGUAGGCGUCUGAUUAUCAAGGGACGCUGGACGCCGGCGCAGCUCGAGACUGUGUUGAGAAAAUACAUUAUCGAAUACGUCACCUGCAAGACGUGCAAGUCGCCCGAUACAGAGCUCAACAAGGCUGAGAACCGACUCUACUUUGUCACUUGCAACAACUGCGGCUCCCGUCGCUCCGUCACCGCCAUCAAGACUGGUUUCUCCGCCCAGGUCGGCAAGCGAAAGAAGAUGCAGGGUUAA